AUGUCGGGGCCGGCCGAGCGGACAAGGCAGAACACGAGGCUUGGGACAGAGAGGCGAUGGACGCGGGGCCACUCAGCCCAGCGUUGGGGAGAUGAGAAGUCCAAGAUGUCCAGGCCGCAAGGAAGCGGUCGACGCGAAGGACGCUGUGAGUACGUUUUCCGGUCUAGCGCAGAGCCGACGGGGCGGAUUCGGCCACACCCACAACCCACGUUGUUCCACGCUUUCCACCCAACAGGCUGGAGCAGGGCGAGGGUCCGAGACAUUACCAUCUUGUACCCGGCUGGCUGUUAUGAUGCUGCUGCCGCCGCCGCCGCCGACGGUGGUGCUUCUCUGGCGCUUCAAGAUUGGCUCAUCUAUAUCCACGACCGCCGCCGCCGCCGCGACCGCCGCCACGAUCGCGGCUACGGCUUGGAGACCGGGAUCGACGGCUGUCGUAACUAUCGUAGCUGUCUCGACUCGGACUUCUUCUUCGGCGGUUGCGGUCGUUACCGCGGCCACCACCUCCACGUCUCGGAGGUGGCGAUGGUGAUCGAGAGUAUGAUCUUGAACGGCUUCGGUAUCUGCUUCCACCACCACCUCUGGACGGAGGAGCAGCCAUGGGAGAUCGGCUUGGGGAACGUGAGAGCGAACGGGGCCGAUAGGUGUCUGAUCUGGGGCCGAAACGAGCCUGAGGUGGCGAUGCACCCCGUCGGGGGCCGUUCUGACCGAAUGGCCCGGGUCCGCUUCCUCCGCCGCCGUGGAAUCCGCCCUGGGCCCUUCCACCUCGACCGCCUCUAG